AUGCAUGUAACGAUACCAAUUACCCUCGUCUGCAUCUGCAUACUAGCACUGAGACGUGGAAUUACUCGCCAUUUGACGAAAAAUGCUAUAUCCCUAAAGACAAAACGUAUGCAUUGCCAGUUACUUACGACGGGCAACCCGAUUUUUCAACUAAGGAAAGGAAUGAGAAGGUUGUCCAGAGAGCCUUGCAAGAUUUUCAAACGUUAA